AGUUGACUGUGGUAAUCAAGUUUCCUGUACUGUGUCUGCAGUACUACACUUCAGCACUCAAGCAGGAAGUACAUGAUACAGAGAAGAGACUAAACCGUAUGGAUGUACUCGACCACAGCAACCAGGGAGUAAUUAUAGCCACAAAACAACAUGGAUGGCAAAUCGGAUGUGAAGGCUCUGAUGGCGAGGUUUGGCAACAAGCCUGCGGAGGAGACAUCCUCCUUAGGCCCUCGGCCUGCCAGGUUCACUCCUCACGUCUCAUCCCAAGGGAACACAUCCUCAGUGGCCAGCAAGGCUGCUGGAUUUGAAAGCUCUGCCGCUCCCAAGUUCCCAGCACUCAGAUCAACAGGCUCCUUCAGCGAGAAAUCCAGCCAAGCCGCACCCAAACCAUUCCAGGAGAAGCCAGCUUUUCCCAAGCCGUCAGCUGUGAAAGCUCAGUUUGAGGGACUCAACAAGGAAGGCAAUGAUUGCAAACCUCCGUUUCCGAAGUCAGCUCUGGGGGUUAAACCUUCCCUGAACACCUUCAAUGCUCAGAAAGCUGAGAAAGACGAGAAGUCUCCUUUCCCAAAGCCUCAGAUCGGACUGAGGCCUACACUGGACUCGGCUGAUUCACAAAAGGAAAAUGAAGUUCAGCCAACCUUUCCCAAACCGUCUCCGUUUUCCAAACCAUUGAAUCCAGUCACAUCCCAUGAAUCCAAGCCAGUUUUCCCCAAAUCCCAGUUCCCAAAGCCCCUACCUAGUCACUCAGGCAAUGUGGUUGAAGACAGACCCUCAAAGCCUGCAUUCUCCAAAACUCCUACAGGGCUGAAACAUUGGAAUGAAGUCAGCAGCACGCUGAAAGAAAACAAGGAGGAUGUUGUCAAAGAGGACACUGUGACUGGGAAAGGGGAUGGGGCCUUUGGUUUGAGGUCCCUCAGACCCAUGAAUGAGCGAGGGAGAUUCCUCAGUCAUGGCGGAGAGGACAAGGCAUCAACAUCCUACAAGAACAAGAGUGAGCCCCUGAGGCCCAGUGGCUUGAAGAGCUUCCCUCCAAAACCCAAACAGGAAGAGGCCUCUGCUUCACCCUCAGGGGCCAGCAGUGUCCUGAAGCUGCAGAACCAGUUCCUGAACAAGGCGCACAGUCAAGAGACUGAGGUGGGACCAAAGGAUCCAAACGCCCCCAAACGGAGAACCCUGCCUGCUCCAUGGACCCUGGGGGCCCCACCUCAAAAACCCAACAGACCUCCAACAGUGAACUUGGACCUUUUCCGCCAUCCCCAGGAGAAGGAGCUCCCAGCACCACCAGUUUCUAAUCGUCUCGCCAAUAAGCCACCACCUAUGCCCGGUCCCUCAGCACCCAAUCUGCCCCCUCGGCCUCCGAUCAGCAAACCUCCUGAGAUCAUAUCGCUGAAGGAACUCAAGGAGCAAGAGAAGAAAAGGGAGAAGGAAGAGAAACGACGACAAGAGCAAGAGAGAAAAGAGCAGAAAGAGAAAGAGAAGAGAGAGCAGGAAAUGAGAAAAAAGUUCAAGCUCUCCGGGCCAAUUGAGGUCAUCCAGACCGUGAAGGUGACAAUGGAUUACAAAGGUGGAAAGAAUGAACUGUCGUGUAAACAGGGCGAGUGCUUGGAGGUCAUCCGCAUCACCAACAAUCCUGAAGGCAAAUGGCUGGCCAGGACAUUAGAUGGUUCCUAUGGGUACAUUAAAGUAACGUGUGUGGAUAUCAACUAUGAUGAGAUAAGGAAGAAAACAGCUAACAUGCCCGUCAUGAAGCAACCAAUCCAAGACCAGGAACUCUAUGACGAUGUUGCACCAAAUGAUGACAUAGGGAAUGGGAGCGGCAAUACAGGGGGCAGUGGGCUCUUUCCUCCUCCUCCUUCCAGUGACGAUAUCUACGAUGAUGUUGAUGGUAUACCUGAAGACGUGAAGCCUCGCCCUGCGUCACAGGAUGCCUCAAAGACUGGGUCCUGGUCCUGGGGACUCCUGAAGAAGAGGAAGGUGGAGAAAGACGACAAAGACAAAAAGGCGAGAGAAAAGGAUAACAGUGACGCUCAGGGUGAAAGCGGUGAACGGCAACUCCCGUCUAUUCCUUCACCUGCAGAGCUUCCAACAGAGGGGGAGGACGUUUAUGAUGAUGUUGGCGCUGAAGAUUUCCCUCCACCACCUCCUGAAUCAAGUUUGCCAAAGUACUCAAAACUACCAACAACUGCAAAAGCCAAAAAGGAUGAAAAGGAUCCCAAAAGAAACAAAAGGAUGGAGAAAGAGGAAAAAGACUUCAGGAAAAAAUUUAAAUAUGAUGGAGAAAUACGAGUUCUCGGAACUGUUGAGGUUGUCCAGGACUUAACUGUAAAAAAGUGGACCAACCGUGAGCUGCCAGUGAAAGCAGGCGAAGUGUUAGACAUUAUACAGCACACUGAUAACACAAAACUGCUUUGUCGGAAUGAAGAAGGGAAAUUUGGAUAUGUUCAAAAAAUCAACUUAGCAUUAGGAAACAGAGAAGGGGACGGUGAGAUCUAUGAUGAUAUUGAUACAGAAUGCAUCUACGAUAAUGACUGACCACAACUCAAAAGGAAUUGUAAGGAGCUCCCAGAAUUCAGCUCACCCACACCUCCUUCCAUUUGUGCUGUUUAACAAUCCACAAUUUGCACGCUGCAAAGAAACCUGCAAGCUCUUCAGCUAUCGACAUGUUGCUUCUCAAAGACUAACUGAAAACUGAUCCCUCCACCUCCAGAGGGAUGAGUCCAGAAAACAAAUGAUGAAGUUGCAUUAUGCAACAUGUUUGAUGUUUGAAAUUUCUGAAGAAGGGUCUAGGCCCGAAACGUCAGCCUUCCUGCUCCUCUGAUGCUGCUUGGCCUGCUGUGUUCAUCCAGCUCUUCACCUUGUUAUCUCAGAUUCUCCAGCAUCUGCAGUUCCUGCUUUCUCUGACAUUUGAAAAGAUUAUUUUUUCUCAAACAAUCUGAACCAUGGAUUUCGUUUGGAAAUAAGAAUUAUUUAUAUGAAUGUGACCAUUUGGACUAAUCCAAUAAUAAUGAAUAUCUUUGGACAUAGAGAGUUCUUUUGUUAUUUUUCAUCCUGAGAAUAAUGUUUUGUACACUUGAUUUGAUAGGUUACUGCUGUUUAACUAUUCCUCAGUUCCAGUGAUUAAAAUAUACAAACGUGUGAGAAAUGUAUCCUACUUUUGUAGGCAUUGAGUUAAAUAUCUUCUCAUUCCUUGUUGAAUUCUUUCUCAGUUUGUGAAUGGUCGCUUGGUGUUGGGCAGCGAAUAACCUGUUUUCUGUGUGAUUAAAGAAUGUUUGUUUACCUUGUAA